UAAAAAUAAAUAUUUUUUUUAGUGUCUGUGGACUAUGGCUAUAGUGGCGAAGAUGACAUUGGUUAUGAUAUUAGUGAGUGUAGGAAUUGGUGGGCAAAGGGUUGUGGCUGAGGAUGAGGAUUAUAAGGCUAUGCACCAUGUUGUUGGAGGAGAUCGUGGCUGGGAUCCUUCCACUGAUGUGGGUUCUUGGUCCGCCGGUACAACUUUUAGAGUUGGUGAUAAAAUUUGGUUCACAUACUCCAGAGUGCACGGAAAGAUAGCUGAGCUCAAAACCAAAGAAGAAUACGAGUCUUGCGAUGUCAGCAAUCCAAUCAGAAUGUAUACCGACGGCUUAGAUAGCGUCUCGCUAGAAGAGGAAGGGAUCCGCUAUUUCGCGAGUAGCAACUCAAAAAGCUGCAAGAGUGGCUUGAAGCUACACGUGGAGAUAAUGCCAUCGGAUUCACCAAAAAUAAUAACAUCGGAGGGUUCUGCUUUGGCUCUUGCUGCUGGGCCCAUCUCAUCUGGCUCAACUCAAUUGGCUGCAAACUGUGUAUUCCUGAUAAUUGGAUUAUUGAUAUCCAAUCUCAUAUGAAUACUAGUACUAUGUUUUCUGAUAAUGUCAACUUAAUGUUGGGAUUUUGUUUUUGUUUUGUUUGAUUUAUUUGAUUUUUAGCUUUUUUAUUCCUAUUGGAAUUAUGGAAAUUUUGUUUAAAUGUCUACCAAUUUAAUAUGCUGUGGAGUUUUGGGCA